AUGGCCCAGUACAACCAGACAUGGGUGAAUGAAUUCAUCCUCUUGGGGCUGUCUAACGAUCAGAAGACUCAGAUCUACCUCUUUGUCAUCUUCCUGGCCAUGUACUUGGUGACUAUGCUGGGAAAUUUCCUUAUCAUCCACCUGAUCAGGCUGGACACCAGACUCCACACCCCCAUGUACUUUUUUCUCAGUGUCCUUUCCAUUGUGGAUAUUUGCUACAUGAACAGCACCGUGCCACAAAUGCUCAUCCACUUCCUAUCUUCAAGGAAGUCCAUCCCAUUCUGUAGUUGUGUAUUUCAGUUCUACAUUUCACUAGGACUGGCUGGGACUGAGUUCUUCCUGCUGGGAGCAAUGGCAUAUGACCGCUAUGUGGCAGUGUGCUAUCCUCUACACUACACAGUCAUCAUGCAUGGAGGGCUCUGCAUUGCUCUGGCUGCUGCCUGUUGGACUGCUGGGUUCCUGAAUUCACUCAUGGAGACAAUCAUUACCUUCAGACUUCCCCUCUGUAAGAAUAUUAUCAAUCACUUUGUCUGUGAGACCCUAGCAGUGCUGCGCUUGGCCUGUGUGGACAUUUCCUUCAACAAGGUCAUGGUGACCUUCUCAGUCUUUGUGGUACUCAUGUUUCCCUGCGCCCUGGUCCUGUUUUCCUAUGCCCAGAUUGUUAGAGCCAUUCUGCGUAUCCGUUCUACUCAAGGACGUCGCAAAGCCUUUGGGACCUGUGCCUCCCAUCUCACUGUGGUCUCCCUUUGUUUUGGAGCCACCAUAUUUACCUACAUGUGGCCCCGGGCCACCUCCACAGUUGAACUUGAGAAGAUGAUAUCUAUAUUCUAUACUGUAGUGGCUCCUAUGCUGAAUCCUCUGAUCUAUAGCCUGAGGAACAAGGAGGUGAUGAGUGCCAUGAAGAAAGCCCUGGGGAGAUUCUCUGAAGAAAAAUGA